AUGAUUACUGCCUUUGUUGCUCUGACUUUAGUCACUUUGGCACAAUGCACUAUAGUCGAUCUCAACUGCACGUCUGGAACUGCUUACACCUCAGCUGCGAACAACUGUGAGGAUGUCUACGAUACCGCUGCCUGUGCCGUUCUUUACAAAGACUCGAAAGUUGCAGUCGACGGAACCGACGAAAGACCCACAGCGUGUUUCUCUAUUGACUCGAGCACACUUGCUGUUGAUACUGAGUUAAGAGAUAUCGCCAUCACAAACUGUCCUAAGACUUGUGGAUACUGCUGUCUUUCGAAAGAGUGGAAUUGCCAGAAUGCACCUAUUCCAAGAAUCACCUGCAACUUGGUAACCAAAGCUAUGUGCAAAGACAAGGAAUGGAGAGAGAUCAUCGCUCAGGAUUGUCCUGCAGCUUGCGGCUUUUGUACACUUGGAGGAUGCAUUGAUUCUGCUGUGGACUGUGCUACUCAUCCCACAAUUUGUCACGUUGAUUCAUUGAAAAACUUUACAACACAUAAUUGUCAACGUACCUGUGGACUAUGCACUGGAACAACAAGCGGUAGCUGCUCCCCUUCAAUGAUCGAAAACCCUAAUUGUGCAAGUUGGAAGAGAAAUGGUUUUUGCACCAGCACGUACUACACUGAUGAGCAUAAGAAGAAGUAUUGCGGUAAAACCUGCAACCUGUGUUAA